AUGACACUCAUGGAGAAAUCCUUGUUCUAUUCUCAAUUAGCAUUUUUGUUGCUUCAAUGUAUAGUAACUAGCUUAGCCAUCAAGACAGAAACCAAUAUUACGACUGAUCAGUUCGCGCUUCUUUCCUUGAAAUCUCAGAUCAUUUCUGACCCUUUUCAGCUCUUGUCCAAAAGCUGGUCUCAGGACACUUCUGUUUGCAAUUGGAUUGGAGUCACUUGUAGCUCUAGGCACAACAGAGUGACUUCCUUGAAUAUCUCCAACAUGGAUAUAACAGGAACCAUCCCGCAACUUUUUGGGAACCUCACAUUUCUUGUUUCUCUUGACUUGACAAGCAACAAUUUCUAUGGCAAUCUGCCUCAAGAAAUGGCUCAUUUGCGUAGAUUGAAGAUUAUGAGAUUGAGUUAUAACAAUUUUAGUGGUGUAGUUCCUCCUUGGCUUGGUUUCUUAGCUCAACUUCAAGUUCUUACUCUUAGGAAUAAUAGUUUUACUGGUUUAAUCCCGUAUUCACUUUCUAACAUUUCCAAUCUUGCAACUUUGGAUUUAGCAUUCAAUGCUUUAGAGGGAAAGAUCCCAACAGACUUUGGAAAUCUUAAGAAUUUGAGGGGUUUAAACCUGGGACAUAACAAUCUUACUGGUUCUGUUCCUCCGUCCUUCUCAAAUGCCACGAAGCUGGAAACAUUGAUUCUUUCUUACAAUUUCCUUCAUGGAAACAUCCCAAAUGAGAUCGGUGAUCUUCACAACCUAAACUGGUUGACUAUAGAAACUAAUCAGCUUACAGGUUCUAUACCGUUCUCAAUUUUCAAUAUUUCCACACUUGAGACUAUUGGAUUUACCAAAAAUGGUUUAUCUGGUGACCUCCCUGCUGAUUUAUCUACAAGGUCAUAUGCCACCAAGCUUGUCUAG